UUGAAUAACUCUACAAUGCGCCUUGUAUGCGAUGCGUCACUGUGUUGAAAACGUUAGCCUCUUUAUCAAAGGAUGAAAAAACCUCUCCAAGAUUAGACGACAUAAUAUGUUUGUUUUUCGUUUGCUCGGAAAAGAACUAGCCAUGUCAAUUUCUUUUUUGAUCAUUUGUCUCUUCGUUAUUUCUACGUCUAGUUUCCCAGCAAAUGACUUUUUAAAGGACACUGGAAGUGAGUCACACGGUGUCAUUACAUUGGAGGCCAUUUACAUAACAACUGCAACUUUUCUGGACAGAAUGCAGCUUGUCAAUGACACAAGGAAAUCGCCAGGCCUGAAAGUUUUUGAAUAUUUUGGCACAGAUCAAGAAUCUAAACAACAAUUUACGAAGAUUAUUCACGAAAUAAGCGGAUACGAAAGCAUUGUUCAAAGAGACAAAGCAGAUAAAUCAUUUUUUCACGUCUAUGGAGAACAAAUUCAAAUAGGUCACUUCUUAAUUAAGAACAUACGAAGUAAGAUAAAAGAUUUAUCACGCAACAAAACGAUAGUGAAAGCCAAUAUCUCGUUCAUUCGAGAACUAGUGGCAACAAUUCUGUAUAUUAUACAGGAAUUUUACAGAAAUACAAACUGGAUUGAUCUUCAUGGAAACACAAUCUACAAAGAUUUUGGUCAAGACAAUGUUAGCUUGGCUGCAGUUGCUGGCCUUAGGGACAAAACGUGCAUUAACUGUAGAUAUGUAAAUGGAAUGAAACAUUUUGAAAACAACACUGUUGGUUUAAACUUGAAUAGUGGCCACCGAUCGGUACAAAACGUGACGAAACCGAUUAAUAGCCUCAGUAAUGAAAGUGGUAGUAAAUGCAGUCAUGGAACACGAGAUGCCAGUCGAAAUUUGAAAGCUAUUGGUGGUACCUUUAAAGAAAGCUCUAACCAACACGAGACACCUCACAGCCAUCUUCACAUUGUCGCAGCAGAAGCAGCAGUUAAAGCUACGGUGUACUACUUAGUUGAUGCAGAUAGAGGACUUCUGAAGCUAGUAGGUCCAGAUGUUUUCCGGGAUAUAUUUGGCAUUCACUCGAGAGAAGAAAUAGUGAAGACGUCACUUACUUUUGUUAUUGACGUCACUGGCUCCAUCAGCGACGACAUUGAGAAAGUCAAAAUUGCUACUAAGAAUAUAUUGCAUGAGGCUAAAGAUUCCAAUUUUGUACCAAGGAAAUACGUUUUGGUAACAUUUUCAGACCAAGCAAAUUUGACGACCAUCAAAAGCACAACUGACUUCCAAAUUAUGUUAACAUGGCUUGACGAGAUCACUGUGAGAGGAGGAGAUGGUUGUGCGGAAUAUGCCAUGACGGGAAUACUGAAGGGCAUAGAAAUGUCUAACAAUGAUUCCAACAUUUACUUCGUUACUGGUGCUGACGCCAAAGAUGUUUACUUGAAGCAAGGUGUUAUUAAUGGACUGAAAGCUAAAAGUUUAAAACUUAUAGCCUUUCUUAAUGAUAAUUGUUCCCGGAGAAGGAAAAGGGGUGCUCAAGGACAGUAUUACCUGUCUGUAAACCGUGGUGGUAGUUUUCAGUUUCACCGAGUGAGAAGGUCGAGUAUAAGUGUUUUUGAAGCGAUUGCAAAUGCAACAGGCGGGAAGGUUUAUGAGACGACAACAGCCAAUGUUGGAGAAAUUGUAGAGAAAGAGAUAAAGGACACAUUUCCAUCUUCCAACGCUUUUGUCACGUGGUUUGAGAUACCAGCAACGUCCACACACGACGGCAAAAUCUUCAUACCAGUAGAUGAUUACAUUAAGAGCCUGAAGAUAAUGGUCAAAAAUGUAUUCUCUCUGUCUGAGUUGGUGUGUUAUUAUCCAAAUGGUACGAAUGUUUCGUUUUCGCUAAAAAAUGAAAAAAGUGAUCUUUCAAACAACGUCUUGACGAUAUCGGUAAAGAAUCCUCAGCCAGGACAAUGGAAACUGGAGAAAAAAUCCGCUUACUCUUGGGUCAUAAACGUUACAGCUCAAAGUGCAUUGGGUUUCACAGCAACUAUUUUAGAAACUAGCACAGAUGGUAAUUCCUAUCACCUUUCGGGAAAUCCGAUUAAAGGCAAUAAUUAUUCCGUUGCUGUUGAUAUUGAAAACUUGGGUACAAAGUCCACAUGUACAAGUGUGGCUUUAUUGGAUGAAAACGGGAAUGACGUUACGGAAAUUUUUGUUUCUAGAAUGUAUUUGAUAGAGAUUGCUCGCUAUAUUGGGGAGUUCACUCCAUAUAAUAGGUCAAGCUAUGUGCAAAUACGAGGAACAGAUGAUCAAAGGAACCCUUUUUUGCGAACAAGACCUUUAUUUGUUAUGCCGGUAUCCGUCCAACUUCAUAUAUCUCCUCUUCUGGGAGAUUUGCGACUUCAUGAUGCUAGCAACAUAACUUUCUCCCUUACAAACAUCGGUGAAGACCUACUUGAUUUUGUCAUCACGAUUACUGAUGGCUAUUCCGACAUCAGUGUUCAACGAGGUAGUUUAGAUGGCGGAAAGAUUUAUGGUGGUAUAAUCACGAUAACCCCGACAUCCUUACAAACUUUAACAUUAGACUUUUUGGUUACUCUUGAAAACUACACAGGAAUUAUUCAAACAGAGAAAAGACGAUAUUUUGUUAUGGACUCACGAACAGCACACUGCAUUGUCACUGAAUAUCCAAAGAUUUGUCCUACAGAGGCGCUUAAUACAGGAAAUUGCACCUUCUAUAAAUGGAACGGGUCGGUACAAGUUUCCUCGGCGACCAUCAGGGAAUCGCUCAUUAGAGUAUCUACCGACAAUGUUAUUCUAGAUCAUAUGAAUCUAACAGACUCAAACUUCUCUGUACCUAUAUUGAUAAGUGGCCAUUGCUGUAUUCAAACUGUCGUUUUAUCCAUCAUCGAUAAGGACGGGUUUUUCGACCAAUGCAGCUUUACACUCUCUAAACAACCACUGACCAUUGUGCAAUACCACACCACAACAGAAGAACUGACAACACUCAAAGAAAUCACAUCUUCACACCCAGCUACCCAAGAUGGACAUUCGAAAGUCAUUGGAAUAUCCAUUGGAGUUAGUGUUCUUGGAGUAAUACUAAUGUCUAUCAUUGUUUGCAUAGUCAGGAAUGUCAAAGUAAGAUGUCGCCAAAAAACUCCGGUAGAGUUAUCAAACUACCGUUCUCUAGAAAGGAAAGAAAUGGAAACUACAGAAGACCUCGAAAUACAGUCUGAACGUCAGAAUUUGCUCAUUGUUGAUGUUACACCUGGAAUCAACGAAAACGAAGAUGGGAACGACAGCAAUUCAGUGAAUGUCUCCUAUUGCAAAAAGGAGGAACCCAAAACAGCUGAGAAACAAAAGAGUUCUUCAAAGUCUUCAGAUUACGUAAACGAAGAAACUGACACCAGUAGUGAAGCUGCAACUACUCAAAAGUUGCAGUCACCGAUGAAAGAUCCAGAAAAAUGUUUUGAAACAAAAGUUGUUUCAGAGUCGUCAGUUUGCCCGAACGAACAAACAAACAACGAAGAUGACACAAUAGUGAUUUCUGGCAGGCGUGGACACAAGGAAAUCCGUGAAACUGGCAUUCUAUAAAUCAGUUUUGUCGAGAGAUCUAUUCUACUUUCAACCUCUUUCCUAUAAUUUAGUUACCUGUUCAUUGACCUUAAUUCAUUAUUGUCGAUGAAUUAUUUGUUUAUUUACUUCAAAGGAAAUUACAAUUAUGUUGUUGUUUUGAUAAAGAAAUACAGUCAUGUAUGUUGAGAGAAUUAAACAUUUAUGCUAGAAAAUAAAAAGAAUGAGAAGAAAAACGUA